CGCUUCACUUCCGGGUGCGCGGCAGCGGGCGCCAUAUUGUCUUGUCCGUGAAGACGAGGAGCGAGACCGAGGGUAGCGCGGCCGCGGAGCGGCGGCACCGGCGGCGGGAGGCAAGGGAGAGCUUGAAAUAUAGACUAUAUAAAGACUUAAAAGAUGUGGGAUCAAGGUGGACAACCUUGGCAGCAAUGGCCUUUGAACCAACAGCAGUGGAUGCAGUCAUUUCAGCACCAGCAAGAUCCGAGCCAAAUUGACUGGGCUGCAUUAGCUCAAGCAUGGAUUGCUCAACGAGAAGCCUCAGGGCAACAGAAUGUAGUGGAACAACAAGGAAUGAUGCCAAACGGACAGGAUAUUUCAGGAAUAGAGUCUGGUCCAAACAACCAUAAUAAUUUUCAGGGUGAUCCCAACUUCAACAGAAUGUGGCAGCCAGAAUGGGGAAUGCCUCACCAACCCCCUCACCCACCUCCAGACCAGCAAUGGAUGACUCCAACCCCAGGUCAAAUGGAAAUUGUUCCUCCAUCUGAAGACAGCAACAGUCAGGACAGUGGGGAAUUUACUCCUGACAACAGGCAUAUAUUUAACCAGAACAAUCACAACUUUGGGGGACCUCCCGAUAACUUUGCAAUGGGGCCAGUGAACCAGUUUGACUAUCAGCAUGGGGCUGCUUUUGGUCCACCUCAAGGUGGAUUUCAUCCACCUUAUUGGCAGCCAGGACCACCAGGACCACCAGGUCCUCCAGCACCUCCUGCACCUACUCAAAAUCGAAGGGAAAGACCCUCAUUCAGAGAUCGGCAGCGUUCACCUAUUGCGAUGCCUGUGAAGCAGGAGCCUCCACAGAUUGAUGCUGUGAAGCGUAGAACUCUGCCUGCCUGGAUUCGAGAGGGCCUGGAAAAGAUGGAAAGAGAAAAACAGAAAAAAUUGGAAAAAGAGAGAAUGGAGCAGCAACGUUCACAGAUGUCUAAAAAAGAAAAAAAGGAAAGUGAGGAGGCUGAAGAAGGGGAUGGCCCACGGUUACCUCAGAAAAGUAAAUUUGACAGUGAUGAGGAAGAUGAAGAUGCUGAAAACACAGAAGCUGUAAGUGUUGGGAAAAGCAGCAGGAGUCCAUCCCCAGCUCCUCAAGAGGAGCAAAGUGAACCAGAAAUGACAGAAGAAGAAAAGGAGUAUCAAAUGAUGAUGCUGACAAAAAUGCUGCUGACAGAGAUUCUCUUAGAUGUCACAAAUGAAGAAAUCUAUUAUGUGGCCAAAGAUGUUCACCGUAAAGCAACUAAAGCUCCUGCAAAACAGCUGGCACAGUCCAGUGCACUGGCUUCCCUUACUGGACUCGGUGGACUGGGUGGUUAUGGAUCAGGAGACAGUGAAGAUGAGAGGAGUGACAGAGGCUCUGAGUCAUCUGAUACUGAUGAUGAGGAAUUACGACACAGAAUCAGGCAAAAACAGGAAGCGUUUUGGAGAAAAGAGAGAGAACAGCAACUACUACUAGAAAAACAGCUAGAAGAAGAGAAGCUACAAAAUGAAAAAGUUUCAAAAGAGAUGAGUGAAUUUAUCAACAAAGAACAAAAUAGUAACUCAGCAUCACAGGAGGCAAAAGAAAUUGAAGCAGAUAUGAUUCAUGAAAAGAAAAGAUCUCCAAAUGCAAUCACACCUGAUGUAGAAGUUAAGAAAGAGGGUAAAGACAGGACAGGAAGGAGUGGGUCCAGAAGCUCCAGCAGUGGUAGCACUAGCAGCAAUAGUAGGAGCAGCAGCAGUAGCAGCACAGUAUCUAGUUCAUCCUAUAGCACUAGCUCAGGUAGCAGUCGCAGCUCUUCACGUUCUUCCUCUCCUAAAAGGAAGAAGAGGCACAGUCGCAGUAGGACGCCAUCACAUAAGGUUAGGCGCAGCAGAAGCAGGAGUUACUCCCACAGAAAUAGGAGAGAGAGGAGUAGGAGCAGAGAGAAAAUACGGGAAAGGAGAAGAUCUAGUAGAAAUCACAGUGCUGAAAGAGGGGAGAGGCGGAGAAACCGGAGUCCUUCAAGAGAGAAAAGCUGGGAUAGACGUAGAAGCGGUAGCCGCUCAAGAGACCGGCGAGCCAACCGUGCAAGCCGCAGCAGAAGCAGGGACAGACGUAAAGCUGAAGACCAGCGUAGAAGCCCAACUGGAAAUAGGCACAAACAUAAAAGUGAGGGUAAAGAUCAAGACAGGAAGAAGGAGCAGGGUGGAGGUGUAGAUAAAGACAGAAAAAAGAACAGAGAAAGGGAGAGAGAUCAGGAAAAAAGAAAAGAUAAGCCCAAAAAAGAGGAAAAAGAAAGUAAGGCUGGCAAUCAUGAUGACAGUAGAUUAAAGAGAAAAAGAGACAGUGAAAGAACUUUCUCUCGCAGUGAUUCAAUAUGUGUGAAAAUAAUAAGACAGGAUUCCAGACAGGAAAGCAAAAAAAUUACUACCAAAGACAGCAAAAAGCGGUCAGGCUCUGAAUCUAGUGCGAGAAGUAGUUCUGAAUCACCAGGAAGCAGUAAAGAAAAGAAGGCUAAGAAAUCAAAGCAUAUUCGGUCAUGCUCCAUGGAGAAAUCUCAAAGGUCUGGUAAGAAGGCAAGCCGCAAACACAAGUCUAAGUCACGAUCAAGAUCAACAACUCCUCUUCGUCGUAAACGCUGAGGAAUUUAUGGCACCAGUGCUAUGACGUUUAAAAAUUCCAUGAGUUAUAAAAGGCUUGUCUCAUUAUAGAGGCACAUUGUGGCUAUGUAGGUGAAACCAGAAUCCUUUUUUUAUCUGUACAUAGGUGUAUUUUUUCCAAAUGCUGCUCAGAAUUAAAUACCUAAUAGGAUUUCUUUGUAUUACAUUUUUUCAAGAACGGUAGUGCUUAUUAAGACUAUAAAACAGGCCAUUCUCUUUCAGCUGUAAUGUUCUUAAAAUUACUAUUGAAUGUACUGUGAUGUCAAUAAAGCUCUUUAGUUAAUUUUUGUUUAAAAUUCUUGCACCUGAAUUUUGUGUUAAAUGGUAGAAAGUACUUAAAAAAAAAGGCAGCUUUUUUGGUAUAACAAAUUUUUAAAGUACUUGAGAAAGAUUUAACAUAAAACACUUGUCACAAUAUGUAAUUCAUGGAUUUGAUGAGAUUAUUGGGGUUGUGGAAGAACAGAGCAAAGACGUUUUCCUUUAGAUAUGUGUAAUAGAUUUUUAAUAGCCUUUUUUUUUGGUCUAGCAAGUACUAUAUGCUGUGUGUGUAAAAUAUGGGUCACUGUAAUACAAGCUAUACUUAAACAGACUGAACCCCAUUAGGAAUAUGUGCGACUAACUGAUCUCAUGUGACAGUAUUAAGCUCUGGAACUAUAUUCCUCACCCAGAUUUCAGAAAGAACUUUCUGGAUGUUCAGGGAUAUUACACGAACAUAUCUCAGAAUUUUAGAUGUUUUUAUGGAAUAUGUUUACAAAUGUCACUGAGUACACAUUAGAAAACUGACAAUAGGUUAACUUUACAUUUUGGCACAUGCAUUAAUUAAAUGCAUAGUGAAUAUUAAAGCUGGUUAUUUUUGUUAGCAUUACGACAAUUGCAAUUCCUGUAAGGAUAAUACAUUGAUUAGACAGCAAUUUUUGGGUAGUCAGUAAAUUUUUGGGUUUAGUAUCACUAUAAAGUGAAAGAGGUCACUGAUUAUCUACUUUGGGAAAUUGACUGUUAGUAACAAGAGUGUGAAAUAAUAUCCGUUAAAAAGCAAACCAACAAUACACAACCUUAGGUCAGUGACUGUUGCAGAAGAACAUGAAUUCAGGGAGAGAUCUGUGCCUAGAAGGUCUGGUAUGACACCAGUUGUGAAAAAGAAAAAAGGCCUAACAACAAAGUAAGUUUUCUUUAAUUGGCUGUAUCCUCUAAGAAAAAAUAUACUAGUACAGGCAACUUGCGAAGCAUGUCUUCAUAAACAGAUUAAUCCAUUUAACUAAAUUAGAAUUAAGCUAUGCAGCAUUUUUCCACUGUAAUUUUUUUCAUAAAUUAGAUGCAGAAAUAAACUGUUUCAGUGCAAAGAAUCACAUUUUAACUAUGCCUUUUUUAAGCAAGCUAAUGGCUAGUGAAUACAUGCAUGUUUAUCAAAACAAUGUUACAGAUAAAGAAUUAGUUAAUCAGUUAUAAAUUAUAACACUCCCCCAACGCCCAGUUAUGUCCUUUUACAUAGACUAAACAAGUCAUACCUAUUAGCAAAAUAAGGCAUAAUUUGCAGCACAUCACUUCUACUUGCAUCGGUAGGGGUAUAAAUAAAAAUAUGUUGAUCCAAUCUUGCUACACUCUUUGCUCUGGGUAAGAGUGAGGAUUUUUUAAAAGUGGGUAGCGUAACAGUUCAGAUAUUUUAGAAGGAUGCCUUGAGAGAGAAAGAAAGAAAGAAAGAAAGAAACUAGAAGUAACUUUAAGAAAAACUGUUGAGGAAUACAGUUUCCAGAAUGCAUUGAAUUUGAUUUUCAGUUCAGAUUUUAUAUUCUCUGUCUAAUAAUAAAAAAGAUUGUGUAUGAAAAGCUUUAUAUACUCUGCCAACAACUGGAACUCUGUCACUUCCUGUAAAUAUGAAAAUUAUUUUUUUGACACAAAUGCACUUAUAUGGGUAGUGACUGUAUGCCAAUAAAAAGAGCAUACGACCUCUGUA